UGGAUUGUACACUUUUGACAGAAAUAUAGAAGAAAAUAAAUUUUAUUCUUGGUUUGUGAAUUUGGAAUCGGUGAAAUGGAUCAUUUGCAUAAGGUUGUCUUACUACUGUGUUUGUUGGGAGGACAAGCCCGAGUACUGUCGCCCUCAAGACAAGCCAGGCUGACUUUGGCAGAGCCGAUGCCUAGCUACUACGUCACGAAUGUCGAUGGUCAUCCAGGAACCUAUGCCUUUGGCUAUGACGUGCACGAUCCACAAACUGGCAACACCCAGUUCCGAACUGAGGAGCGCUACCCCAAUGGCACAGUGGUUGGGAGCUACGGCUAUGUCGAUGGUAACGGACGACCACAUCGAUACAAUUACGUUGCCGAUGAGAAAGGAUACAGGUUGAUGACCGAUGUUCCCCGUCAACCCGAAAUUCCUCGCCCCAUAGACCAAGUAGCAAAUAUGGAGCCAUCAGUAACCUGGUCCCGGCCAAAGAAACCGAAUAGGAAGACUGAAAAUAAAAGUUAUUUUACUAGAAUUCCAGUCAGGAAAGAUAUUGCCAUACAAAAUAGUAUUUUGCACCCUCCUAGUUAUUACGGUUCUUAUAAAUGA